GAUUUUGUAAAAGGACUUAAGGUUAAGAUCAAAAACUAGAAAGCAAAAUUAUGCUAUAUACUCUACAAGGAGAAAAUCAGAGAUAAAAAAAUGGGUGAUAUAUCAAAUGGAAGAUCUGAAACAUGCGUCGACAAAAUCCCAGAGAUCAAGUUCACAAAUCUCUUCAUCAAUGGAGAAUUUGUUGAGGCCACUUCUGGAAACACAUUUGAAACAAUUGAUCCAAGAAAUGGUGAAGUGAUAGCAAGGCUUGCAGAAGGAGAUAAGGAAGAUGUUGAUUUGGCUGUUAAGGCUGCUCGUGAAGCCUUCGAUCAUGGACCUUGGCCUCGUAUGUCUGGAUAUGAUAGAGGAAGGGUUAUGAUGAAAUUUGCGGACCUAAUUGAAGAACACGUGGAAGAAUUGGCAGCGUUGGAUUCAAUUGAUGCAGGAAAACUCUUUGGUAUGGGUAAAGUAUUGGACAUUCCAGGUGCAGUCCACUGCUUACGAUACUACGCAGGUGCAGCGGAUAAAAUUCAUGGAAAAACAUUGAAGAUGUCACGUGCGAUGCAAGGGUACACCUUAAGAGAACCAAUAGGUGUGGUUGGCCACAUUAUACCAUGGAAUUAUCCAACCACCAUGUUUUUCUUAAAGGUGGCUCCAGCCUUAGCAGCUGGGUGCACCAUGGUGGUCAAGCCAGCUGAGCAAACACCUCUCUCCGCUCUUUUCUACGCUCAUCUUUCCAAAUUGGCUGGUGUCCCUGAUGGAGUACUAAAUGUUGUGAAUGGAUACGGUGAAACUGCUGGCGCUGCAAUUGCCUCUCAUAUGGACAUUGACAAAAUAAGUUUUACAGGAUCUCCAGAAGUAGGGCGCCUAAUAAUGCAAGCAGCAGCAACAAGUAACUUAAAACCAGUGUCCCUAGAACUUGGAGGGAAAUCCCCUCUUAUCAUUUUCGAUGAUGCUGAUGUUGAUAUAGCUACACAGCUUGCUCUUCAAGGAUGUCUCCUUAAUAAAGGGGAAGUUUGUGUGUCUAGUUCUCGUAUUCUUGUUCAAGAAGGAAUUUAUGAGGAGAUAGCACAAAAAUUAGUAGAAAAGGCUAAAUCUUGGGUUGUUGGUGAUCCAUUUGAUCCUAGAGCUCAGCAAGGACCUCAGGUCGACAAGAAACAAUUUGAGAGAGUACUUUCAUAUAUUCAAAAAGGCAAAGAAGAAGGUGCUGAAUUACUAGUUGGUGGUGAGCGUCAUGGUGAAACGGGUUAUUAUAUUUCCCCAACUAUAUUCUCUGAUGUCAAGGAUGAUAUGCAAAUAGCAACGGAUGAAAUAUUUGGCCCUGUCAUGUCUUUGAUGAAGUUCAAGACUGUAGAUGAUGCUAUACAAAGAGCAAAUGCCACAAGGUAUGGUCUAGCAGCUGGAAUAGUAACCAAGAACUUAGACAUUGCCAACACUGUUUCGAGGUCGAUUCGUGCUGGUUCCAUUUGGAUCAAUUGCUACUUUGGUUUCGAUUAUGACGCACCAUUUGGUGGAUAUAAAAUGAGCGGGUUUGGGAGAGAACACGGACUUGAUGGCCUUUAUAUGUACACCCAAGUCAAGUCUGUUGUCACACCUAUUUACAAUUCCCCUUGGCUGUAGAACAUCAAAUGUCACCUAACAUUUUUGCAGCUCAAAGAGGUUACAUCUUCCUUUUGGUUGUGUAAUUAUUGCAUAAAGAUAUUCACUCA